UCCACUUGUCUCACACCCACUCCUCUGAAGAGAGGGACGGACAGACGCACAGACGGACAGGGAGAAGGGCCAGGGGGAGCUGCCAGGGGUGCUGCCUAAGGAGCCAGAAGCCACCGAGAAGAGGAGACGGACGCCUGCUGGGCUGAAGAAUAUGGGGACGCGCAGGAAGAGGGGAGAUACUUGUCUGCAUCGCAGCUGCUUUGCGGAUCUCCUUGGGCCGGAGUCACGCAGCUGGAGCCCUGUUGCUGCCUGUUGGGAGGGAGACUGGGAGUGAAAGAUAAACCAGCUGCUGAUACCCCAGGACUCCAGCCCCCUCCCUUUCCUCCUGGAACCCCUCUCCCCACAUCCUAGCCCCACUGGCCUCUCCCAGACUGCAGAAAUCACAGCCUCAGAAAGGGCUUAUUUUCAGCCUUAGCGUCUCCUGAUUGUCCCAGGCACAAGCCACCCAAGGAGUCUAUAUCAUUGGGCUGAUGUUGAGGGCUCCAGGAUUUUGACCAUCCAUGCGAAGAACCUAUUAUUAUCUGGAUUUCAAAUGCCGUUCCUCUGCUCGGGCACUAAAGACCUAAAUGACUCCAGGAAAAGGCCCUGUGGCUCCUGCUGAAUCGGAGCUGGAUUUGCUUUGCAACUAAAAUAUACCUUUGGUUUCAGUGGGGUUAAAUUCCUUGGCUUGGCUCCAUCUCAGCUUCAGCGAGACGGGAAUUCAUUCCCAGCAGACAAAUGCGUGAAAGGGAACGAGAACGUUUUUUUCAUGGGCUCAAACCAUUGUCCCAGGGGUGUUGAUGCACUGGAAGAAAAAAUCCCUGAUUUUAGUUGCUUUCCUCCCAUUUUUGAUCACUUGAAGGAUCACCAGAAGGUGCAGACAGAUGGAUACAGCUACGUUUCUUUUUGCUCUCCACUUCACACCCUUUAAAGGGUGACAAAUGGGCUACUAAAAGGUUGUCUGAGGAGUCGGGACCCUGUUGUUCCUGGCCCACCCUUCAUGGUGCAUGGUGUGUUAGUGACAGUGGCCCUGGCAUGCGAUAGACAAUGGCGCUAAGGUCUGGCCUUCCCCUGCACCCAGUAUGUAGCCACAUUCGUGCAUGAGUGACUCCCACUUACUCCUUGUUCUGCCUCCAUGCGACAUGUUGCUCGUGACCAACUAAAAUGGGCACAGGCUGCACUUGGCUGUGGGGAGAGGGGCCCGUGUCCCGCCACUCCUCUGCCAUGCUCCUGACCCCUUUCCUGAUUGCCAUGGCAAUGGCUUUCUCUGAGGCCAGCACCAGGUGCCCCGUCCUCUGCACCUGCCGCAGCCAUGUUGUGGAUUGCAGCGGGCAGCGGCUCUUCUCAGUGCCCCCCGACCUGCCCCUAGACACCAGGAACCUGAGCCUGGCACAUAACCGCAUCACCACCAUCCCGACGGGCUACCUCACCUGCUAUGGUGAGCUGAGGGUGUUGGACCUAAGGAAUAACUCCCUGGUGGAGCUGCCCGCCGGGCUCUUCCUGACUGCCAAGCGGCUGGCCCACCUGGACCUGAGCUACAACAACUUCAGCCACGUGGCCGCUAAUAUGUUCCAAGAAGCCAACAGUCUGGUGAGGAUCGACCUGAGCCACAACCCGUGUCUGCGAAAGGUGCACCCCCAGGCUUUCCGGGGGCUAGCCCAGCUACGUGACCUGGACCUCAGCCAUGGGGGGCUGUCCUUCCUCAGCCUGGAAGCCCUGGAGGGUCUCCCGGGGCUGGUGACCCUACAGAUCGGGGGCAACCCCUGGGUGUGUGGCUGCACCAUGGAGCCGCUCCUGAAGUGGCUGAGGAAUCGUAUCCAGCACUGCACCUCAGAUUCCCAGCUGGCCGAGUGCCGUGCCCCACCCGAGGUGGAGGGAGCUCCCUUGUUCUCACUGACAGAGGAGAGUUUUAAGGCCUGCCACUUGACCUUGACGUUGGACGAUUAUCUCUUCAUUGCCUUCGUGGGCUUCGUGGUCUCUAUUGCCUCCGUGGCCACCAAUUUCCUGCUGGGCAUCACUGCCAACUGCUGUCACCGCUGGAGCAAGGCCAGCGAGGAUGAGGAGAUAUAGGUGCACGCUCCUGGCCACAGUGCCCUUCCCCCAACGGCUGGGGAGAUGCCGUUGAGAGCUGGGGCUGUCUGGCUGUGCUCCACCACGAUUCAUGCCUGGUGCUGUCACAAGCUGCUCCAUCCUCUAUCCGCAGCUGCAGCCGGCUGGGGAUACUAACUCAUCUCUGAUCCCAGUCCCUUCUGAUCCCCCAGUUGCUGUGCCCAGCGGGGCAAGGCCUGUGAGGCAAGGAGAUCUAGCCGUGCCUUGUACUAGCCUCUUCACACUGCCGGCGGCAUUGGAGACAGCCAACGAGCCAAGGCCCAACGCCACUCGCAACACGGAUGGGCUGCCACAACCCAUGUCAGUCACCAGUUCUCUUCUUCACCAUGUUCUGCACACUCAUAUGCAAAAUCCACCUCCGCACAUGCCCCCCCUUCUGUGCCAGCUCUUGCACCACAUCUCACUAGCAGCCUAAAACGAGGAGUUGGGCGGGGGAAGGGAAUAUAUAUGGCAAACGUCAAGUGGAUUUGCAACAGCCGUAGCUCUCCAGGGUUGGACAGCUACAGCCCAUCAGUUCUGUUUGCGGCUGUAGGGACUGUGGCCAGGGACACUGUGGUAUCCAGAGUUGUAGUACUAAUACGAGGCCUGAGACGUGGCAUCUCUGAGGGCCAGAAAGGCAGGUUUAACUCUGAGGAAUGGCCCCACCACUGAGACGUACCGUUGUAUGGUUGGAGGAGAUGUCAGAGCAAGGGUCUGCUGUUUUCUAAUUGGUCCUUGGCUAGAUGGCCAUUGGUGUUGAGGGAGAUCUGCCUGUGCAUGGUUCUCUAGAUGCAGAGUUGAGUUGAGAAGUCAAUAGGUCAGGGGGACUCUAGAGUUUGAACUUGGUCUGUCGCUCAAGACUAAGGGUCAGGGCAGGGGUGAGGUGUACUGGCAAACCUGAGGGGGAAGUAUGAGAUGGAGUAACAGGGAGGGUUAGGACUGAAGGAUGUCAGUAGAACUGGUGGGGGACCCCAAGGCUGGGACAGCAGGGGGGCUGUGGGUUGGGAUUGAGGCACAGUAACAGAGCUGUGGAUGAAAGGUAUCCGCAAAGCUGAGGGUUGGGGGGAGACCAGCACUGGGACAGCAGAGGGCUGCAGGUCAGGCCUGAUGGGCAUCACCAGAGCAGUGUGUGAACGGGAAGCCCAGGAGUGGAAUAGCAGGGGGACUAUAGGUCAGGAUAGAAGGGGAUUAGCAGAGCUGUGGGGGAAGCCCAGAGCACUGGAAUAGCAGGCAGGGUGCAGUUGGGAUUCAGGGGUAUUGGCAGAACAGGGGGAGGAGAACUUGGGAGAGCAGGGGGGCUUGCAGGCUAACACUGAGGGACAUGAGCAGGGCCUAGGACUCGACUAGAACGCUGUGCCCCAGAGGAGGAUUAUGGUGCAGUCUCAGGGCUGGAACAGCAGGUGGUGCUGCCGGUCAGGUUAUAAAAGUGCUAUGACAGUGCGAGGGGCUACUCUGUACUGGUGCUACCCAAGUAGCUCUAGCUGGAGUGCUCUAUUUCUCCCCAUUGUGGACAUUAAAAUCACAGACUGAAAAACAAACAUGCUUUUAAAAAGAAAGCGAGAGACCAUCUGCUCUGCCCUAGCAACUGCUCCGCUUAGUCCGUCUGUCUCCACCUGCCUGGAGCAUCUGGCAUUAGCUCCCCAACCCAUCCCUCCGCAGUGGGUAAGUGGUUAUUAGCCUCGCAUUACAGCGGCGGAAACUGAGGUACUGAGCGAUUGGCAUGACUUUCCGAAGGCCACAUGGGCACAGGCGGGGGGAGAACUCACGAUGCCCAGCUCCUGCCAUGCUAACCCCAGCACCCGCAGCCACCCCCCAGUAACUUAUCUAAGAACUGGAUCGACGCGACCAAGAGCAUUUGGGGACAAUGGCUCAUUUUUGGGACUCGCUCCACCCAACAUCAGCUGCCACUGGCGAAGUUGGAUGUAACUUUUCUUUCGGAAGGACAAUGCAAAUAAAGGACACUAUAGCCAAUGAAAGCCUAUAACCAUGUCUUAGAGAACUCUGUGUGCUCUGAUGUAUAGCCAAUGUAUUUUGACACUUGUAUAUUUUUUAUUUUUUGCAUAGAACUAGGACCAAACCCAAUGCCAAAUGCCAAUUUCCAGAUUAUGUCCUUUGGUCUUGCCACCACCGGAAAGUAAGGAGGCAAAAAUCUGUCCGUGUGGGACAGAUCCCUUUAAGGAGUUGGUUUUUACAUGGAUGGCAGAACUCGCUGCAACUGAUCCAAACAGGGCUAAGAAGUGAGAAGCCUUUAAUCACAGGGUAGAUUUACAUUCCAUUGUCAUUCGCACAUAAACCCGGGUCCACAAAGGUUCCGGUCGUCUAGCUGUCAAGAACUGGAAAGAGCACACAGGUAAUGUAGCAGUUUCCUCAUCAGAAUCAUUUGCCCUCCCCUAGCCUUAAGCCCCCUUAAUGGAUUUCCUAUACAUCUUUAAAAAAAUGCACUUCUACUCUGGAAAAUGACAAUGUGAGAAUGACACCUUCUGACUCAGUAGAUCUGUCCCCUAGGUGCAUCAAAUCAGCCAACUUUAGUUGCUACAAUAAACUUGGGCUGUGCAAAGUCAGUGCACGAUGGAUUCCGCUCCACAAAGGAAUUAACAACUUACUUUGGUAAUGCAGUAACUUACUUUUGGACAUGCCUGGGUGGGUGGUCGGUAGUGGGCGUCAAACCAGGGAAUCUGGAUCAUCUCCUUCCAACUCGCUUAGCCACCCCAUUUAUAGCAGCCCCAUCAAUCUCUAAUUAGCCUAGUCACCACCAGAGGGGGACAAAGCCCCAAAGUGAACAGGCAUUGCUUAUAUGGCUCUAUGUUUAGAUACUUAUCUGCCCCCUGUUACUGUAGUACCUAAGAACCUCACAAUCUUUAACGUACUUCACAACAUCCCCGUGAGGCUAGGAAGUGCUAUGGGUGGGAAGCUAAGGCACCAGAAGUUUAAGUGAUUUGCCCAACAUCUGACUGGCAGAGGAGGGAACUGAACCCAUAUUUAGUAAAACCCUUGAUGGCAGUGGGAAUGGCUCAGAAGUCAUUGAGUCAUAUGGUCCACAGGAUCUUCCCCACUUCCCGGACAUAUGAAGAAGCCAGUCCCAUGUGGCUUCUGUGGGAAGGGUAGGACCUCCUCGCAGAACUAGCAACGUUCCAGAAGAAGGGGGAAUGAGUUCCAAAGAAACAGAAGCCAACAAGUAAUGCAGGAUAGAUGAAAGGUGCAAGGAUGAGAGGAGGCUGAAAUGGACAAUGAAAGAGAUCCAGAGGGGGAACAUGGAGCCGAGAAUCCUGGAGAGCACCCAUUGAUCCAAGAAGAGAUUGAGGGAGCCAGUGGAUGAACUCUGGAGCGAGGGCAAAGAAAAUGAAAAGAUCCCAGCUUGACUCUUAGAUCUUAGAGAGGCUGGGCUUGCAGAGCUGACAGUCAAAGAGCUUAUAAACUGAGCAUGUGACACAUCCUCGCUUUGAAAUGAUAAACACAGACCUGCCCUCCCCACCCAUAUGGCAAUUUGCACAGAGACACUUUCCAGAGUAGACCUGUACCUUGAGCUUCAUUUUUUCCUGUGUUCAUUGCAUGUACAUUGUGUGUGGGUGUGGUUUAACGCGUGCCAAGCUCAGAGAAUCAGCCCCUGGCUGAGGGAAGGAGCAGAUCCAGCCCCUUGCAUGCCUACUGCUGUCACUCCCUGGCUCCUCCAGUCCAAAUGCAGAAUCAGAUGAGCCAGAACACAAGGGAUAUUUUUUUCACACCUCUUGAAUUCUGAAAGGGUCUAGGCCCCAAUGCCCAAUGUCAAAGGGAGUCGGAUGUUUUUGCCACAUGACAGCACCAGAGAGUCACGACCCUCACCACUGAGGGAAUUGCUGGCAGACCUUGGGGACAAACCUGGUUGUCUUAUUUUUAAACAAAUCUUUUGCAUCCAAAAAAUGGCCUUUGUUGCAAAAAGAAAUAUUUUCAUUAUUUUUAAUCUGUUAAUUUCUUAUUAUUGUCAUUCAACCUGAAAACAAGACCAUUUUGAUUUCAGGUGUUUUCUUUUUUCUCCCUCUUUUCCCUCAAUUUUUCAGUGGCAAAAAUCAAAAAAGGGAGAGGGAGAGAGAAAAAAACCUUAAAAACCCACAUACUGAAGAAAUGAAAAAUUUCAAACCCCUAAAUUGCUCUACAAAUUUCAUAUUUUUUUUUCAAAAUUUUCUAUUAUUUUCAAAGAAAUCUAAUAAUAAACAUUUUUAAAAAGUUUUUCCUUCUUUUAUCCUUUUUGCUUCCUUCUUCCUCCUCUUUUUCAGUGGCAAAAGAAGGGGAAAGUUUUUUUGUUUUGUUUUGUUUUUUUAAAGACGAGGAAAGAAAUCAAAAUCAAAAACGUUUUUAGAACCAUUCUCUACAAAAAUGUAUUUGAUUUCAAAAUUUUGCAUUGUUCUCAAAAAACCCAAGAGUUGAAUUUUUAUUUUAUUUUCCCUCCCACCUUUCUUCAGUGGGGAAGAAAGCAAAGAAAAGGAGGGAAAACAGGGGGUGGAGGGAGAGUAAAAAGAAAGGAAAAACAAAAGAUUUUAUAUUAAAAAUGUUGCCAAAAAAAUUGAAACCCAUGGAAUGAAAAUGAAUUCCCCCUCCAAAAAUUUUUUGAUCAUUUUUCUGUACAGAGGGAACCCCGAGCCAAGUCUACACUACAAAAUUUUGGCAACACAGUGGUGUUGGCUAGGACCCUCAAUGACAUAAUUACACCUUCGAAUCCCCCCAUCCCACUCCUGUAUAGACUCAGCCUGUACGAGCAAGAGAGAGCAUUUGCCAGUUUAGCUUAUGACAUUCAGGGAGGUGGCGUUCCUAUGUCGGCACAAUUCUUUUUGCUAGUAUGUGUCACGUCUCCACAAGGGAGCUGUGCCAGUGUAGCUAUACAAGUCAUUGCACUGUACUAGCCCUUUCUUUAGUUUCACCAGACCUUCACUGGGCCUCUGCUUGUGAUGCGUAUGAGGGAUCAGCAGAGCAAAUCCUCAGAGCUGGGAUAUCCCAGUCUUGCAGCAGACAACGGGGAAGCUGUGGGCGGAGCUAGAGAAACGAGGCCUUUGACAAAAGCCACGUCCCAUAUGGUGCUUGAGCUGGGCUGGGUGUGCUCUGCUUAGCUGGGGCUCUCUCUUCCUUCUAGUCACCCCUCUCGCAGUAGCUGUCCUGUGCCAUGCUGAGUGUCUGUGUUCGGGGAGGGGGAAAGAUUAAAAUCUUUCUACGGAGAUUUUAUAAAAACGUGAACUUUUGUAACUGUGAGAAUUUUUUCAUAAAUGUAUAUUAAUAAAGAGUGAA